AUGUUAACAAUCAAUCGACACUGUCAUGCGUUGAAAAUACUUUCAUUACUUCGUUUUCAUCUUGGGUUAUUUCGAAAUAGAUUGCCCAUUGUUUUACGUAAAGUCAAUACAGAUGAAGAAAUAAUUCUCUCUGAUACAUCGAUUGCAAUUGCAUCGAUUAAUCCGGGGAUUUACCUCGCUUUUCUACAAUACGGUACAGAAAAAUAUCAACCGUUAAUGGAUUUGCAACUAAUUCCAGGCGAACUUCUUCCAGAAAAAGAUCUCCUACCGAAAUCGAUGCCUUUUCUGAUCGAUAGAAUACAACCAUUUGCUAAACUAUUCUUGAACAUCAUUGAUUAUAUGAAAGAAUACGAAAAACCAAAAGUGACUCAUCAACCACCGAAGGCUAAUUCACCGAGAAAUAGUCAGCAAACACCAUUUUCCAUGAUUUCCUCAGACUCUCUUCAUACAUCAUUGUCGACUAUUUACAUGCCUGUUGAUCUCAAAGUUGACAUUCGGAAAUAUUUUGUCACUGAUCCCGAACGACUCAGUCGAACAUCGGAAAAUAUUCGUUCUCUACCAUUUACUCUUCAAAUCUUCGCUGAUAAAAAGCAAUUGAUUGCAAACAAUGAACAAGUGACAAAUAUUUCUCAUCUAGACAACAGUUCAUUUCAAUUCGAUGAAAACGAACUUAUCCUUUUCAAACAGCGACUUAUUUCUCUCAAUCUGGACCCUAUCUUAACCUUAGAUCUAAAGAAUUGUGUCCACCAAUUAGCACUAGAACAGCAGCUCGAUACAAUUGAAGUUUGUGCUGUUCUCAUGAAGCUCAAUCAUAUGCUAGUGCAUAAUGAACUGCACAGUCAACAUAUUCCGAAAUGGAUCCAAAACUUACAAAAAGCAGCAUCUAUUUCUAAGAGUGCACCUUUAUCGAAUCUAAUGAAAACACUUUUCCGCAUUGAUCACCUUGAGAAAUUCAAUAAACUAGACAAACAAACUGUGAGAUUAUUCAAUCAGCGAAUCAAUCACUUAGCACAAUUAGGUGUAUUGAACCAACCAUCGAAAAUAUUAGUAAGACUUUGUCAACUUGAUCUGUUUGAAAAUGAACCGAAUCCAGAUGCUUUUUCAAAUUUCAUUUGCUAUGAUCUGCAACGAUAUGUUCCGAAAAAAAUUCCACUGAACACAUUAGGUAUCAACGAAAUUAUUCACCACCUUCAAAUGAAUAAAGACCGCUUGGGAAUAACGACCACCUUAAUUCUAAUCGAUAAUCUUCAAAAAUUUGUUCACACAGGAAUUUUGUUCAUGCUGCACAAACUACCACAAUUUAAACAAUAUUUACUACAGUUUGUAUAUCAGAUACAAACCGGUCGAUUUAUUGGCGUUUAUCUCCAACGUCUAAUGGACCAAAUGAAUCAUAAUAUCCGAAUGAACUCUGUGAAAAAAACAUUUCUAACGAAUCAAUUGAAUUCCUUAUCACAAAAAGCGACGUUAGAAUCGAAAACCAAGAAGAAUUUUGAUAAAUUAAUCUCUGCUUCAAUGAAUGCUGCUCUUCACGGACAAUUGAAUACUUUUGUCCAUACAGUUCUCGAGCGAUCUCCUCGCGAAUACAUUGAUAUGAAUGAUAACAACAGUCUUCAAUCAUUACUAGUCUUCCUUCAUGAACAAUCAAGUACAGGUCAUCUUCCUAAUCAAUAUCUAUGUGACUUUAUUCAACACCUGCGUCACUUUGCUCAACUAGGGAUAUUAUACACGCCAAGAAUUGACUAUAUCUUGACUGAUUUGCACAAAGCUAAAGAUCAUGAUAGCAUGACAGUAGGAUUAAUCAAGACCAAAUUAGACCAAAUGAAAACUGUCAGCUAUGUUUAUACCUAUGAUCAUCUCGAUCUCGCUGAAUUGAAUGAUUUUCUCAAUGAGAUGAUUGUUGAAGAAAAUCUAACUCAUGGGCAAGUCUGGUACAUGCUCGAUCGUUUAGUGAAUCUAUGCCAACUAGAAUCAAUAACAAGUUUUGAUAUCCAAACUCUUCUUACAAAUCUUCGACUAGAAUACAAUCGCCAACAACCAAUCUAUCCUAAGUUGAUAGAAAAUUUCCAAACACUUGUUUCAUCCCAUUCAAGUUCUUUCGCUGAAUUGUAUUCUCUAGAACGUGAUAUACAACGAGUCUUACUUUCAUCGAGUAGCAAUACUAAACGAAUGCCCGAUGAAGUCCGACGACGUUUCAAUGAGAUAAUUGUGUUUUGUACACAGAUUAGUGUCGAUCGAUCAUUAGUCGAGGAGUUGUACGGCCCAACAAUGAAUUACAAACUUUAUAAUCAAGUGAAAGAAAUUUUGAAAACAGGAACUAUAAUUAAUAAAAAACAAUCGUUGACGACUAUUAUACAGAUACAUAAACACUUUCUGCGAAUAUCACGUUUACAUACAAGAAAUUAUUUGUUAGAGCAACAGUUAGAUACAAUACUUGAGAAUAUCCAGACAUGGUACCCUGAAAAGCAAGACUAUUUCGAAGAUCUUCUCAGGCAUAUGGCUGAAUUAGGCUGUUUACAAGAUAAAGCAUUCGUUGAUUAUUGUACUGAACACUUUCUUUCUGAUAAACAAUCGUCGUCGAUAGAUGAAGCACAGAACAGAUUUCAGACGUGGCCUUUCAUUUUAGAAUUGAAUCAUCCAGAUGUAGAACAUAUAGUUAAACAUUUAUUAAAACUUGAACAAGAAGAUAAACUUGAUAGUGGUACAUAUAUAGAAAUACAAAAUCGACUCAAUCAAAUCGCUCGUUUUCAUCGAUGGACUUGUCCACGAAUGAAAUCAAUCACUGACGAUAUACUUAAAUAUCAAGGUAAACGAUAUUUGUCAGAUAGAAAUGCUUAUCAAUCGAUUCAAUUCUACCGUUUAAUCCUAAACGAUAUCACUCAUGCAAUUGAAUUUGAAUUCUACGUUCAAAAACUUGCAGCUGAACAUCACAUAUCAGAUAUAUCAUGUUCUCAUUGGCGUCAAUUCGUAGAUCAAAUCUUACAAAAUGAAUUGAAUAUAGAUGGCUUAACCCAGUAUCACGUGCAACUGAAUGCAUUGCAUCAUGUGAAACGUAUGGAUAUUGAUCAAGUGAAAAGUUUUAUUAGCAAACUAAGUCAAGACAGUACUUUGUCUGCGAUCAAUAGUGUCUAUUGA